UGACACUUGGGGUGUCUGAGGCCUGAGCGACACAGAGAUUGGGGAACCACACUGAAGUUGUUAAACGAGAAGCUGCUGUGGAUACUGAACUUCUGAUUUCUGUUCUUCAAAGAUGUACCGGAGUAAAAGUUUUGAUCUCUGAGGAGAGCAUGUGUCUGGAUUCGAAGUCAACUUGGGACAUAACUCAGCCUUCUGGAGACAAGUGGCAUUGCUUCUUACCUCGGAAAGAGAUUGCAAGUGCGGAAUGUAUGUUGACGGUCGUUCCCUGCAACUGAAGCGAGCAGAAAUUUCCAGUGCAGAAGUUGGGCCAUCCUGCCCCAGUGAAUAGCUCACCAUUAUUACACUCCUGGACUGCUUACUGUGAGAAGAAGCUGACAAAGAAGCAGGGAUGGACGUGUUUGGAGGUGCGCCUCGUUUCUUGGCCUAUCCACGGCCUGUGGUGGUACAAAGUGGAACUGAUGCAGUCCUAAAGUGCCAAAUAGGCGGGGAUCCAAGGCCAGCCGUUAUCUGGGAGCGAAACAAUGAAAAGAUUGACCCACAAGGACGAUACAGGGUCUUUGAGGAUGGAAAUGUUUACAAUCUCAUUAUUUCAGCUGUGACAACAGAGGACAGUGGCCAGUAUAUUUGCAAAGCAAAAAACAGUAUUGGGGAAACAUACGCCGCGGCCACAUUAAAGGUGGAAGGUGAAGCACAAGAGAUGGAGCUAAGAGAGGAGAAUAAGCCACGAUUCCUCAUCAAGCCUCUCUCCACUCGCGCUGGUCGAGGGGAAGAUGCUGUAUUCUCAUGUAAACUCUGGGGAAACCCACGACCAGAGGUCGUCUGGGAAAAAGACGGUAGAAAACUCAAUGAAAUAUUUGAAAGCACACAUUUCAGUGUAGGGUACCAGGAUGGUGGAUGGUUCCAGCUCAAGAUCUUUAAGACUCGUGCACCUGAUGGUGGUGUGUAUACAUGCAAAGCUAGGAAUGAGUAUGGAGAAGCUUUAGCAGGAGCUGUGUUGCUUGUUGACGCAGGCCCAGGACAUGAGGAUGAAGGAAAUCGUAACGGCUACACAAAUGGUCCCUGGAAAACUCACCAGGGAAAACAAAGGAGUGGGAGGCAAGUGCCAAACCGGCUCAAAGAUGACGCCAUGACCAAGUCAACUAAAGUGAAAAUGUUUGCAGUGACAGAGGGAAAACAUGCCAAAUUCCGUUGCUUUGUGACUGGGAAACCCAAACCAGAGAUCAUUUGGAGGAAAGACGGCAGACUGAUACUGUCUGGAAGGAGGUAUUUGUUAUACGAGGACAGAGAGGGAUACUUCACACUUAAAGUUCUGUACUGUAAGCAGAAGGAUAAUGGAGUUUAUGUUUGUGCUGCGUCAAAUACUGCGGGCCAGACCCUCAGUGCUGUACACCUCUCUGUAAAGGAGCCGCCUGUGCGGUUCAAGCAGCCCCUCAUUGAUCUAGAGGUAUGGGAACGAGAUUUGGCAAUUCUGGAGUGUGAAGUUCCAGAGGACUCUGUUCCCAUCACAUGGUAUCUGGAGGAUAGGCGACUGCAGCCAGGGGCCAAAUAUGGAAUGGAGGAGUGGGGAACAAAACGACGGCUAACUAUCCGUGACAUCGGGGUGGACGACGAUGGGAUUUACCUCUGCGAGAUGCCCGACGGGGGGAGAAGCAUUGCAGAGGUUGCUGUGAAAGGGACAAUUUUGCGCAAGCUUCCAAGAAAAGUGGAUGUAUUGGAAGGUGAAAAUGCCGCCUUUUGUGUUGAAGUUGAAAAAGAAGAAAUGGAUAUACAUUGGUACAAAGAUGGCGUAGAGCUCCGUGAAACACAUCAGACCAUCCUGAAGUCCUUUGGUCGCACUCACAUCCUGGUCUUUGUUAAUACAAUGCCUCAAGACUCUGGCCUUGUGACUUUCCUCGUAGGCAAAUCCAAGACUUCCUCUCAGCUACGAGUUAAAGCUGCACGACAUUGUCCUCCCAGCUGUCCCGUGGGUGUGCAGAUCAACACAGAGCGUGCUAAUGCAGCUCUGCUUUCAUGGGUUCCUGCUCAGGACUCACGAAAGAACCCUCCAUCUGGAUAUGUGCUUGAGCGACAGGAAGUGGGCACUGGCUCACAGGAGUGGCUGCAGUGCCUGACAACCGACUCUGCGACAGCUGUGGAGAUCCUUGGUGACAGUGUGCCGUGUGAGGCCGAUUAUCGCUUCCGUAUUUGCAGUGUGAACAAAUAUGGGAAGAGCAACAAUGUUGAGUUCCCUAGGGCUGUUCACUUAGUUCCAGUUGCUAGAAUACAAGCCCCUUUACAAGAUGCCCUGGUGCCAGAGGGCCAAGAUGCUCUCUUCUCAAUUGAGCUCUCAGCAUCGGUUAUUGGAACGUGGUUCUUAAACGGAACUCAGCUCCAGGAGGAUGAGCGUUAUUCAAUGCGUCGAUCAAGAACACACCAAUCUCUUCGAAUUCGAGGAGUACGUGAUACAGACAAUGGUGCUGAGAUCACAUUUAUUGCCUAUGGCAUCCGGGAUUCUGCAGCAUUGUACAUUCAAGCUCCUCUUGUGAAGUUUUCACCUAUGUCAGAAAUGGAUCGAAACAAAUUUGUAGAAAUUGGGAACCCCAUUGUGCUGUACUGUGAGCUGUCAGACCCUGCAGCUCCAGUGCACUGGUACAAGAAUGGGGUGGAAUUACAAACAACAGAGGGUCUUCAUAUCCAAUCAGAGGGCACCAUGAGAAGGAUUGUCAUCCAAUCAGCAGAAUUAUCACAUUCUGGAGUUUAUUGCUGCGACGCUAUUGAUGAUGUCAUCAGGUUCAAUGUAGAAGUAGAGGCCCCACCUGUGAGGUUUUCAGCAAUUCCAGAAGCUGAAAGGAACAAAACCAUCCAAGCAGGCUGCCCCAUUGUUUUACAAUGUGAGCUCUCAGAUCCUUCAGCCCAGGUGCACUGGUUUAAAGAUGGGUCAAAGCUCCAUCCUCAAACUGGACUAGAUAUUCUAGCUGAAGGCUUGGCAAGAACACUGAUUGUCCACUCGGCAGAAUAUUUCCACUCUGGGUUAUAUUGCUGCAAGACAAAGGGUGAUACCGUCAUGUUCAGUGUCGACAUCAAAGCUCCACCUGUGAAGUUCUCAGCAAUUCCUGAAGAAAUGAGGACCAAGUCGAUCGAAGCAGGCAGCCCUAUUGUACUCCAGAGCGUGGUGUCGGAUCCCGAGGCCCAUGUUUGCUGGUACAAGGAUGACAGUCUGCUCGUUUCAAAUUCUGGAUUAGAAAUCAACUCAGAUGGCAACAACAGGACAUUAGUUAUUCAGUCUGCAGAGCUGUCCCACUCUGGUGUAUACAGGUGCACCACACAGGAUGAUACCAUGGAGUUUCAAGUGGAGAUAAAAGCCUUACCAGUGGUAUACUCCACUUCCUAUGAUGUUGAGAGAACCAAGUCACUUGAAGCGGGCAAACUUUUGGAGCUGAAAUGUGAGGUCGCAGACCCCAACGUGCCAGUCUGCUGGUAUAAAGAUGGUGUACAGCUCUUUCCCCAGAAUGGUUGGGAUAUACAAAGUAAUGGCACAUUGAGAAGACUCAUUAUCCCAUCUACUGAGCUUUUGCACUCAGGGCUAUACACCUGUGAAACAUCUGAUGACAAUAUCCACUUCACUGUGGAUAUCAAAGCUCCAACGCCGCUGUUGUCACCCUUGCCCUCGCCAGAGGUUGUGGAGACGCAGUCACUUGGAGUGUCCUGUCCAACUGAAGCAACAUGCGAAACCUCAGAACCUGCAUUCCAGGUGUCACUGCAGAAAGACAAAGAGCAUGACUCAAAUAGAGAGCCUGAUUUUGAAAUGGAAGGCAUCAAGAAGACGCUUGUUAUUGAACCAACUCAUCCAUCAAACUCUGGAGCAUACUAUUGUGCAACAGCAGAUGAUGUUGCCCAAUUAAUAGUAAAAAACCAAGUGCCAACUCCAACAUAUCUGCUUGAUCCUGAUGUUGUGAAGUCAGCUGAGGCGCAUUGCCCAAUCGUUCAGCAAUUCGAGAUUUCCGAUCCCAUUGCCAAAGCCUGCUGGUACAAAGAUGGAACCCAGAUCUAUCCAAAAAGGGAAGGUGACUGUGUAUCACAGAGCAGCAGCCAAGCUUUGCCCCUCCAGUCUUAUGACUUGUCUGGUGAUGGGAGGUUUGGCUGUGAAACGUCUGGGGAGGCACAGCUAGGUGCAGAGAAGAAAGCAGAGCAGGCUUUGUCCAAACAGCAGAGCAGUCACUUUGGUUACAGGAUUGGUGAGAUAGCUGAUGAAUCUUCCCAAAACACUCUUGAUGUCAAAGCGACAACGCCAAGGCUCUCUUCUGACCAAGAGCAGAGGUCAUCUGAAGAUGCUUCUCCUGUUGGCACUGACAGCAUGUCUGCAAAAUGUCAUACUGGCAACUCUGGCGGCAAGACAGGAGAUACAAAGACAUGUGACGAGCGUCCCAGCUAUAUACCGACUACCCAGUCAGCCUAUAACCAAACAAAUGACUGGAUUAUAACUGAACAGCAAAAGGAACCCUCAAACAUUCAACAGAUAAACAAUGCUCUAACUCCAGUUAAUAACCCCAUAGAGCCAUCAAUAAUGCAGUCUGACCGAUUCUGUCACACUGACCAGCCCACAGAAUACAAAGGUGAGGAAUUUAUUUACUAUAUACAGCAUGCAGAACCUCUACCUGAGGAGCUCGGUAAUUCUCUGCGGACAGCAGUCCAGACAGAUGAGUUCUGUGAAUUUCAAAAAACAUCAACUUUUGAAUCAGAGGAAUCUACUAUCAAGACUUUGACUGACCAACCAAAGGAGCUACAUAGGUUAAUACAGACACCAGCAGUCAUCUCAGAUCUAGAUGACCCCCAACAAGCUACAGUUACCCAGGUAGAGCACGUUACUAACCACCUAAACAUUUCCACCGUCAAAUCAGAUUGUAAUCUCCCCAAAACUGCAUAUUCAGGGGUGAGAGAUCCCUCUAUAUCUUCACAUACUUCAACUAUGCAAUCACAGGGGCCAUUUAUAUCAUCAUACACUGCCACUGUCCAACCAGAGGCCACUGUCCAACCAGAGGAGUGUAUCAAAUCUUUACAGACAGGAUUCGUCCAAUUGGAUGAGUUCUGUUGCCCCCUACAGAUAUCAGCUGUUAUGCCAGAAGAUCUUCUUGAGUGUUUACAAGCUAAAGGUACCCAAGAGGGACCCAUUGACUCCUUAUGGACAGCAACUGAAAAAUCAGAGGAGUUAAAUAGACCACAACAGACCUCAAAUGUCCAGUCAGAGAGGACUGACAACUUCACAAUGCCUGCAUCCCUGCAAACAUCAGACUUUUGCAAUUCUAAAGAUGCAGACACUGUCGAAUAUGGAGAACAGUACAACUGGAAACAGUCUGAAUAUACCGGAUACGACGACCUCCAUCAACCAAAGCAAACCCCACCCAAACCCUCAGAGAUGCCGUGGCAGUCCACACAGGCCAAAACAGUCCGAGCAGAGUGCCAUCCCAUCAUGACGACCAGAGAAUACCAAGUAGAAAGCACAGUUAACUCUGUGCAAAGUUCAUCCACCCAGCUGGCAGAGCCUCACUAUGUCAAGAAGGCAUCUAUUGUCCAAUCAGAGGAGAUCUAUCUAUCAAGGACAUGUGACUGUCACUGGAGAGACAAUGUCACUGCAAAUAAGGUGGCUGUUGAAGCUUCACCUGUGAGAAUUACAGCACUUGGUGUGGCUGAGAGGAACAAGUCUGUUGAAGUUGGUGAACCCAUAUUCCUGCAAUGUGAGAUAUCAGAUCCUAAUGCUCAAGUAACUUGGCACAAGGAUGGAAUAAAACUACAUGAAGCAGAUGGGCAAGAGAUGCUGGCAGAAGGUCCCGUAAGAAAACUGGCUAUCCAGUCAGCGAUGAUGUCUCAUGCAGGGAUUUACAUCUGCAAGACAACAGAUGAUACAAUGCAGUUUCAUGUGGAUGUUAAAGCUCCUCCUCUGAUGUUUUCAGCUUUAUCUGAAGCUGACCAGAAACAGACGGUCAUGGCGGGCUGUCCCAUUGCCCUGCAGUGUGAGCUCUCAGACCCGGCAGGACAUGUCAGUUGGUACAAGGAUGGAACAGAGCUCCUACCUCAAAGUGGAGUAGACAUCCAGUCAGAGGGAAAUUUGAGGAGUCUAGUAGUCCCGUCAGCAGAGCAAGCUCACACUGGCAUAUACCGUUGUGAGUCAAAGGAUGAUGAUAUCCAGUUUGCUGUGGAAGUAAAAGCACUACCUGUGAAGUUCUCAGAGCUCCCAGAGAGUAUCAGAAACGUGUCUGUGGAAGACGGCUUUCCCAUUGUCCUCAGCUGUGAACUGUCUCACGAUCCUUCUGCUCAUGUCGAAUGGUACAAGGAUGGAAUGAAGCUCCUACCACAAAACGAUAUGGAAACACAGGCAGAUGGUCUAACAAGGACACUACUGAUCCAGUCAGCUGAAAAAAUGCAUGGUGGCACCUAUGAAUGCUCCACAUCAGAUGAUACCGUCACAUUUAAAGUGGAAGUAAAAGGCCGAUCACCAAAGAUCAUGCCAGUCUCACUGUCAGAAAAACACAGGAUGGUUUCUAUUGGUUGUCCAAUUAUCCUGCAGUGUGAGGUCUCAGACUCUGCUUCACAAGUGUCCUGGUUUAAAGAUGAGGAGGAGCUUUUUUGCAAAACUGGACUCGAUAUGAAAAGGGACGGCAGUGUGAGAAAAUUAAUAAUUCACUCCGCAAAGGUCUCUGACUCUGGCCUCUACAGCUGUAGCCUGGCUGAUGAUGUUGUGACAUUCCAUGUGGACGUUGAAGCUACUCCUGUAAGGUUUUCCACUCUUCCAGAGAUUGCAAGAAACAAAUUUGUCGAAGCAGGCUGCCCGAUUAAGCUUCAGUGUGAAGUCUCAGAGCCAACUGCCCAGGUCUAUUGGCACAAGGAUGGAGAACAGCUACCUCCAGAAAGUGAAUAUGAAAUCCAAUCUAAAGAAAAACUGAGAGCGCUGGUUAUAAAAUCAGCAGAAGUCAGACAUGCCGGGGCGUACAGCUGUGAGGCUGCAGAUGACCGUAUAGAAUUCAAGGUGGAUGUUGCAGCUGUUCCAGAGGCUGAAAGGAGCACGUCUGUGGAAGCAGGCAGCUUGAUCAAACAUCAGUAUGAGAGCUCAGACCCCAGAGCCCAGACCUGCUGCUAUGAGGAUGGGAUAAAACCAUUGCCAAAAUCAGGAAUAAACACUGAGUCUGAGGGAAUUAAGAGGACAGAAGUUAAGAAAUCCUCCAUAUCUUCAUGCUCUGGAGAGAACAGUUGUAAAACUGAUGAUGAAUCAGAUUUCAACGAUUUCCAAGUGGAGGUGAAAGCACCACCGGUGACAUUUGCUGAAAUCCCAGAGGAAGAACUCUACAAGAGUGUUGUGGAACAGGAAGAGCUUGUUCUGUGUUGUGAAGUAUCCAGGGCUGAUGGUGCUGUCCAGUGGUACAAAGAUGGGAUUGAAAUUCACUCGAGCAGUAAUAUCACCAUCGAUGCUGAAGGCACCAAACGGGAUAUCACAAUACAUUCAGCCCAACUGUCUGACACAGGCACCUACACAUGUCGGGCUGGUGAUAAUGUUUUACUGUUCAAGGUGACUGUGCGAGAGCCUCCAGUCAUGAUUACUUAUCCUAAGGAGGAUGUCCAUCUGGACCGCCAUGUUCCUGAAGAAAUCAUUCUGAGCUGUGAGUUGUCUCGACAAAAUGGAGCUGUCAGCUGGUACAAAGAUGGUCAAAAGCUGCAAGAGAGUGAGAACAUAAAACUCAAGGUUGAAGGUCCAUAUCGACGACUGAAGAUUCUUUCUAGUGGGGUUGAGGAUUCUGGAGAGUAUGUCUGUGAUACAGCCGAUGAUUCCAUAUUCUUUCAUCUAAGUAUUACAGAACCUCCAGUGCGGAUUGUGUCCCCAAGUCAGUCCCAAAUGGAGCUGUGCCAGCAGACGUCUGAGAGGAUGGUACUGAGCUGCGAGAUCUCCCGGCCUAAUGCAGUGGUGCGCUGGUAUCGAGACGGACUAGAAGUGGAGGAGAAUGACAACCUUAUUCUGGAGGUGGAUGGUGUCUACAGAAGACUUAUAAUACCUGAAACUACCGUCAAAGAUUCAGCUGAAUACGUCUGUGAUACAGCAGAUGACUCUGUGACUUUCUUUGUCAACAUAGCAGAGCCUCCUGUCCGCUUUGUACGUCCAAGGAAGAUGGCAAGUAGAGUGGAGAAAGUGGCUGGGGAGACUCUAGUUCUGGACUGUGAGGUUUCCAGAUCAAAUGCAGAGGUCAGCUGGAAGAAGAAUGGGGAAGAAGUGGAAGACUCCAGAAAUAUCACCAUCCUCGAGGACGGUGUCCUGCGACAGCUGACCAUUCAUUCACUCACAAUCGAGGAUGCUGGGCAAUAUGUCUGCGAUGCAAAGGAUGAUGUGAUGGAUUUCCAAGUAAAAGUGCAAGAGUUGCCUGUAAAAAUUGUUGGCAAAAGUGAUGCAAAAACAGAAAAGCAGUUCUUAGUGUCGGACGACAUAAUUCUAGUUUGUGAGCUAUCCAGAUCCAAUGCCUCUGUCAGCUGGUACAAAGAUAAUCAAUUAAUCGAUGACACUGAACGAUACUGUAGCGAGGAGCAAGGCGUUUUCCGAUCACUGGUUGUCCUUAAUGCUGGGCUGGAAGACUCAGGAGAGUACACCUGUGAUGCAAAGGAUGAUAAGAUGGUCUUCUAUAUCACUGUUAAAGAGCCUCCAGUGCAGAUUAUUGGAAACUCAGGCACCCCAGAGCAUCAUAUUCUGGUGGCAGGAGAUGACCUUACUCUGGAGUGUGAGGUGUCUCGGCCAAACGCCACUGUUCAGUGGUUACGAAAUGAUGAGAUACUAAAACAAGACACUCGUAUAAAAAUUGACAGCCAUGACGUUGUGAGGAAACUUGUCCUCUCUGGACUUCAGCCCUCGGACUCUGGAAAAUAUGUUUGUGAUGCCAUUGAUGACAAGUUGAUUACAAUUGUCGAGGUCCAAGAGCCACCAGUCAAGUUUGUGAAUAAAAAUACAGGUAAUAAAAUCUCAGCCUAUGAGAAUGAGAGUGUCACACUGUGUGCCAUUGUGAGCCGUGAAAGAGCUAAUGUUCGGUGGCUGAAAGAUGGCCAACUACUGAACGAGGACAACAUUCACAUCUCCAGCGAGGGUAAUACCCACAAGCUCACCAUUAAUCCUCUGCAGCUGUCAGAUUCUGGAGAAUAUGUCUGUGACGUAAACACAGAUGAGAUGUAUUUCAGUCUUUUAGUUAAAGAAAUGCCAGUGAAAUUCAUCAGACCACUGGAGAACAUAACGUCUUUAAAGGGCAGUAGCCUUAUAUUACGCUGUGAAAUCAAUAAGCCCAAAGGAGAUGUUCAGUGGUUAAAAGGCGGCCAUGAGAUCCCUCCAAGCCGCCGGCACACAAUACGGGCACAAGGGCGUGAGCGUAGCUUUACCAUCCACCAGCUACAGGAUGAAGACGCUGGAGAAUAUGCCUGUGAAUCUACAGAUGACAAGACCUCUGCCACUGUCACUGUAGAAACCCCCCGUGUUGUUGAGUUCAUAGCGGAGCUUCGUAACAUCACUGUCCGAGAGGGAGAAGACGCAGUAUUUAAGUGUGUGGUUUCACCAGAGGACACUCAGUUGGUGUGGCGCCUAAAUGGCAAGCAAGUCGCUGUGAAUGAGCGCACUCUCAUUUCAAGCAACGGACUAUGCCACAUGCUCUGCAUCCACAACUGCAUGGUUUCAGAUAGCGCCAGAGUGACAGCUGAUGCCGAGGGGUUGGUAUCAGAGGCAGAACUCCAGGUUCAAGAGCAACAGGUGCUGUUCACCAAGACAAUGGCCCCAGUUGUAGCCGAAGAGUACAGCGAGGCAAGUCUAGAGGUGGAGGUGAGCGUGGAUUCUGGAGAGGUGCAAUGGAUGAGGCAAGGGGUGCUGAUCCACCCGGGAGCAAAGUACACACUGAAACACAAGGGCCGAAAACACAGCCUCCACAUCCAUACAUUGGCCAUGUCUGACCGGGGCACCUACAGCUGUGAAACCCUCCAUGACCGCACGCAAGCCCAGCUCACAGUGGAACCUCGAAAAAUCACCAUCAAGAGAGGGCUGACUGACAUUAAAACCACUGAGAGAGAAACAGCCUCAUUUGAAGUGGAGCUCUCCCAUCCGAAUGUCCCAGGUACCUGGACAAGAAACGGAAUAAAACUAAAGCCCACAAAUCACUUCCGCAUGAGUGCCAAAGGACCAGUCCACAGCCUCACCAUCUCCAACCUUUCAGUAGAAGACACUGGGACUUUUAUGUUCUGUGUGGAGAACCUGAAGACAUCUGCAAGGCUUGUUGUGAAGGAGCCCCCAGUGACCAUGUUCAGGAAACUGGAAGACCAGAGAUUCCCCGAUGGGGCGAUAAUCUCUAUUGAGUGUGAGCUUUCAAGACACAAUGUUGAUGUGAAAUGGUUUAGGAAUGGGGAUGAGGUGAAGCCAAGCAAAGACCUGCGUAUUUAUGCAAUCGGAAGGAAACGGUUUCUUCAGGUCAUGAAAUGCAACGUCUGUGAUUCUGGCGUGUACACCUGCGAUGCUGGAGAUGUAACGACAUCAUGCACUGUGGAGGUCUAUGAGCGUGAGCUGCAGAUCCUGCAUGGUCUUGAAGACCUGGACAUCCAGGAGGAUCAGAAUGCGGUGUUUGUCUGUGAGAUCUCAGCGGAGGAUGUGCCUGGAGAAUGGUAUAGAAAUGGGGAGAGGAUACAACCCACCAGCACCAUCAAGAUCCGCCAGGAAGGGACCAAACAUUUUCUUCUAAUGUGCAAUGUGCGAGCAGAAGACUCUGGGGAGAUCAAAUUUAUUGCCAGACAAGUUGAAUCUGUUGCUUACCUGGAGGUGGAAGAGCUACCCGUCAACAUAGUAAAACCUCUACAGGAUAAGACAGCUCUAGAGAAGACCCGUGUGCUCCUGGACUGUGCUGUGUCUAACCCCAGAUGUAGCAUCCGCUGGUACAAAGGCAGCAAUGUCAUCCUGCCGUCUGAGCGCUUUGAGAUCUGCAGUGAAGGCUGCUACCGCAAACUGAUCAUCCAAGAGGUGGCGCUACAUGACGAGGGCAUGUACAGCGUGCAGGUCGGAGAGCAUACAUGCUCUGCAAAACUGACAGUGGAAGCCCAGUCUCUGCAGAUGGUCAGAGAGCUCAGUGACGUGGAGGUCGUGGCCCCAGAAGAGGCCUGCUUUGAAUGCGAGGUGUCAGUCCCAGUCCUGAAGGCUCCUGUUUGGACUCUGAAUGGAGAAACCUUACAGGCCAGCUCUCGAGUCCGCCUUGAGAAGAUGGGCACCAUCCACAGGCUGACCCUCAGACAAACCUCCCCGGACAUGAGUGGAGAGGUGGAGUUCACCUACGGCAAAGCAAAGAGCAAAGCACAGCUCCGAGUACUGAGUGAUCCAUGAGUGACUUCUCCUAUCUGUCAUCAGCUUAUUGACACUGAUUGAUGCCUUCGAGUCGUGACUUUGACAGCGCUUCUACAUUUACAAACAGAACGUCUAUAAAAGUGGUUUAAACAGGGUUGUGAUGGAUUUUCAUGCAGUAAAAUUAACUGAAGGAGUGUUUGUUUUUUCUUUGCAUUUAAGGAACUAAAUAUCUGACUGUAGAAAAUGUGUCAUUGUUAGAGUGUGAGGAUGUUUUAACAGUUUCUUUAUCACGAAGCAAAGUGCAGUUAAAGGUGUAAAUAAUGUUCUGUGUGUAUGUGACCGGACUGUAACUGUGCUGUGGAGGUUUAUGCGAAUGUGUAUUUGUGUCAAUAAAUGUUUGAUUUAAAUACUCUAGAAAUAAAAGACUAAAAUCAUUGAUCGGAUGAAGUGUGAGCUAAGAGUUUUACAAAUAGCUGCAUAUAAAAAUAACUGAAAUAAUAGAGCUAUUUAAAAAUAAAUAUGGAGGCAAAAAACACAUUUUUCAUCAGACUUUUUAGAAUUUAAACAAAUCCAACAGUUGGCUGUUUAUUUGAGAUUUAAUGUUAUAAAUUAAUUAGCUGUUUUUUUGUUUUUUGUUUUUUUUUUUGUUAAUUGCAGUUGAAACGCAGUUCAGCCGUGAGAGCGGGAAAUCUACUCAAUACAGCUGACAUGCAGGCAACAUGCAAAGUUGUGCAAUUUCCUAUGCAGUUUAAUCUAAUUAUCACUCAGUUAUGUCUUGAAGUAUAUCAUUAUUUGCAAAACUGAGAAUACUCCCGUCAUCUGCAGUUGUUGGAAAAUAUCUCUAUAGACACAGUUUCUCGCCAUCUUCGUCAGACCAGAAGUGCUAUAAUUUGUCAGUACAAAAAAUUUACAGUUUUUGAUUUUUUUUUUAAAUGAAACUUUUUUCAUUAAGUCUGGCAGUUACAGUCAUGAAAUAACCAGAUUUCAAACACUACAUGCAAGGCAACAUUUCAUAAAUAAAACAGAGAAAAAGGUCUGAGGUCUAACCAAGGAUCAAAUCGUGUUUCAACCCAUUUUUGAAAACGUUAUCCAAACGGUGGUUCGCUUUUCUUCAUUAGUUUUGGCUAAAGUUAGCUAUGUUAGCUACAUAAUUAACCAUCCAACAUUAACUUUAGUAAAUGUAGCUAAAGCUCACUGAGCUACAUCGAUCAGUUACCUAGCUUAUGUAGCUGCUUUGUGAGCUUAGCUUCAGCUAUGUUAGCCUCAUAGCUACUUUAAAUACAUUGCUACGUUAUGUAACUAGCUCAUGCAGCUAAUUGAGCUAUGUAAGCUACAUUGGCUGUGUUUAAAGACGUUUUCAUGGGGGACAGACUUUUUCCUGUAAGCAGACUGUUUAGUUGGCUUUGUUAAACAUUUUGUAAUCAGGUUUUGUUGUUCAGAUUUUUAACUUUUAGCUUCAUCCUAACCUUUAUCCUAACCUUCAGCCAAACCCUAAACGUUUGAUCUGAUUUUAUUUUGAAAGUUUUAGUGUGCAUUUCUGAUCUGACAGAGAUGGCGUCUCACAUUGACCAUCUGCAAGAAGGACCAUCAGAGAUGUAUGAUCUGCAGCAAGACCCCUCGCUUUUAUUUUGAAAGGAAAUAAGGAACAUUUUCAACGCAAAGCCAAUGAGAGCAGGAAGACACUUUUAGGUGUGUUUUAAAAGGACAAAAUAAAUUCUCAUAAGGGCAGUUUGAAAAUAUUUAACGUGUUAAUUUCUGACAUUUACAACAUCAAGAGCAACCUCUAAACACUGAAGGCCCUGAUAUGAAUGAGUGGAGAAUUAACAUUUAGCUUUAGGCCUAAACAGAACUAGUUAUGAUUAAGAGUUCAUUUUUAUUUUAAUAAUUUAUUUUUUAUGUUUUAAUGAAACUAGGAGUUCAAGUCAGAACAAAGGGCGCUCUAUCUUGUUGCAAGGAGCUUGUGGUGUAAAUAUUUUGGGCCAAAAAUUGGAAAUCUAGGAAAAAAUAGUCUAAAAAAACUUUCUCACCUUGAUUGAUAAUCAGGGUGUGCUAGCUUUAACA